AAAUUUGAGGUUUGUAACAACCUCCUUAUAUCAAGAAUUUUAUCUUAUUAAAAGAUAAUAUAUUAUUAUUGUUUGUGUGUGGGAAUUGUUAAAACAUAGACCUUUAGUGCCAACUCUGUUUCUACAGAUGGGAAUCAAAAAGUACUUGUACAACUGACAAGUUUUACUGAGCAGGCAAAAGUGAGGGGCUCUUCUAACUAUGGUAGAGCUACUUUCUUGAUAUGACAUAUAUGGUGUUGUGUGUGUGAAUGCAUGGACAAGAAUGUGGGGUACUAUCAAACUUUAGCCUAAUAUGAGUUGAAAUUAGCUACAUUGCUUCCUUCACCAAUUUCUCAAAUGGAUUCUUGAAAAAAUCAACAUUUUUUCAGAGUUCUUGUCAUAAAGUGAGGACCCACUGUUUCUUGAUCUGAACUUAAGUGUUGAUGAAGAUGGUACCUUUAGUACUCAUUCAUGAAGAAGUUUCAACAGUAAUUUGAAUCACAUACUGUCAAUGUUCAAACUGGAUGAUUUUCUUGAAUGGCAAGUUCAGUUGCAGCUGUAGCAGGAGGAAUUGGAGGGGUUGUAGUAGUAUUGUUGGGAGUGAUUUUCUUUGUAUGUUUUCGUGGCAGGAAGUAUUCAAAUAGGAAUUCAGAUUCAGCUUCUUCAGAUCCAUCUGCAGUAGUUUCGGUGGAGAUGAAAAGGGGAGGAUCAUUUGGUCAAUCCAGGCUGUUCAGAAUGGAGGAAUUGGAGAAAGCUACAAAGCAUUUUGAUGAGAACAGUCUCAUUGGUUGUGGGAGUUUUGGUCUUGUUUUCAAAGGAUUGCUUUGUGAUGGAACUGUUGUUGCUAUAAAAAGGCGUUUAGGGACUCCCAAACAGGAAUUUACUGAAGAGGUUGCUCGUUUAUCAAGGAUUCAGCACCGCAAUUUGGUCAGUCUUUUAGGCUACUGUCAAGACAGUGGAUACUCCAUGCUGGUUUUCGAGUAUUUGCCUAACGGAAGCAUGCACAAUCACUUGUAUGACACAGGGAAGGAAUCUGCAACAAAGCUAGAAUUCAAGCAAAGGUUAUCUAUUGCUAUUGGAACAGCUAAAGGUUUAAGUCAUUUACAUAGCCAACACCCUUCAAUAAUCCAUGGGAACUUUAAAACAGCUAAUGUUCUGGUUGAUGAGGACUUCAUUGCAAAAGUUGCAGACGCGGGGAUUCUAAAGCUACUCGAGAAAAUUGAUGAUGCAGGUCCUUCUGGCUUGAGUUCUUUCAAUGCUUUUAAAGAUCCAGAGAUAAACCAAAUCGGAAUUCACUGUGAGACAAGUGAUGUUUACAGUUUCGGCGUGUUCUUGUUAGAGCUUGUAACAGGUAGAGAUGCUUCACAUAUAGAUGAAUUUGGAUCAAACCAAAGUGUACUCGAUUGGGUUGAGAAACAGCUGAGUUCAGAGCAGUUAGUGGAUCAUAGGCUGCUUGGAAGCUUUACUGCAGAGGUUAUGAGGGAUUUCGUCAAGAUAGCGUUGAGAUGCAUGAGUUUCCCUGGUAGAUAUAGACCAACCAUGGAAACGGUCGUGUUGGAUCUUGAAAAGAUUCUUGAGAGGGAGAUCAUGCACACAACUGUUAUGGGAGAAGGUACUUCCACAGUUACUCUAGGGAGUCAAUUAUUUACAAACUGAAGCAGCAACGACGGUGUCAUCAAUAGUAAGAGAGUCUGUUUUCAUGAAUGAAUUCGCCCUUGGGGCUACAAGUAAAUGUACAUCAGCUUAAAUAGCUUUUUCCUCCCCCCACCUUCUUCUGCUUCAUCUAACAAAGCUAGAUGAGCAAAAGGCCAGGGCCUGAAAUAUUAAUCGCAACAUUCUUUCGUUUAAAGUCCAAUACCCCUAAACAGGUGUUUAAGGGCAUCAUUGUUUGAUUUAUGAAAAAUUAUCUGUCAUGUUUGAUAGAGUUGAUGUGAUAUGGUGAAAGAAAUGAUUCAUUUUAGAUUGUGGUUGUGUCCUUGAUGAUUAUAUUGUAACUCAUGUUCAAUAAAGUUAAAUGAAGUUCAUGAUAUUAGUUUAGUA